UCAGAUCAUUCUCUAAUUACUCGUAUAUAAAAAAUUAAAAAUGGUUACAGCUCGGGUUACAGUGAAGCAGAAAUACUUCAGGAAUAUCAAGAGUAGAUCAUCCAGUCUAUUCUUGGUAAUAUAGAGGCACACUAUUCCUAUUUGUUCAAGUCCUAUUGUUGCAGUCAUUAUUCUUGUAGUUUGAGUUUCAUUACUGAUGAAUGUUUUCUGUUUCAUUAUGAUAGUCAAAUUUCUGUUUCAUUGAUAAUGUAAUUCCUCUAUUAUCUAUGGUACAGUACAGUGUUAUUGAAACGGGCGUGGCUAUAAUGGGUGCGGUUUGCGCAUGCUCAUUUGUGGUACUCCUCGUGAACUGAAGUGUCAGUAAAGAAGAGUCCUGCUCUCAAGAGCUGUUAUCUGCUUAUCUAACUGUCUUUGCUAAAGUGCUGGUUCAUUAAGAAGACUCAAAGAUAAGCUUUGAUACUACUUAUAAUAUUAAUCACUAUAGUAAUUAUUAUUACUGAAACUGAUUAGCCUUUAACACCUAGUUAAUUUUCUUGUACUGUAUAUAUAGUAUUACAGCUAUUAUAUAACGAAUGCCUAACUUACGAGGCAAAGUGUCUGCUAAGAAGCGCAGGCAACUAAGAAAAGAAAAACGAGAUAGGGUAAAAGCAGGGUGUAAUGAUAAUCAAAAGCAUGAUAUCACAGAGCCUGAAUUAGUUCUGAAUACUACUGGUGGCAUCCUUAAUGAAGGGUUGUGUGAUGAUGUUACAGAGCAGGAAGUUGCUUCCAGCUCUGUAGGUGAUCAUAACCCAGAGUUAUGUAAUGUCACUGAGUAUGUAGUAGCUGAUGAUGCAGACCUUUUCGUUCUUUCUGAUCCCCCAGAAUGUAAUGAUUGGUCUGUGUGGGAUCAUAACCCGCCAGAGUUGUGUGACAACACACAGUUUGAAGUAGCUACUACUCUUGAAGGUACAACUGUCAGAGAGAGACAGUUAGACAAAAAGAAGGAUUGGUCGAGACAAAACUAUUAUAAAAAUCAUCAAAAACACCUUGCAAAAUCAAAAAAAUAUCGUGCCAAAAAUAAACAAAAAGUAACAGAUUAUUCUAAAAGAUAUAUGAAAACAUAUCGUGCCACAAAUAAACAAAAAGUGGCAGAUUAUUCUAAAAAAUAUCAUGCUUCUCAUCGUGAAGAGAGAAUAAAAGGAUUUAAAGAUAAUUAUAUUGCUAAUCGUGAAGAGAGAUUAGAGGCAUUUAAAGAUAAAUAUAUUGCUAAUCGUGAAGAGAGAUUAGAAGGUUUUAAGGAUAAUUAUGCUUCUAAUUUAGAACAAAGGAAAAAAAUUAUGAAUGACUAUUACGCCUCUCACAGUCAGCAAAUAAAAGAUAAUGCUAGAGAGCAUUAUGCUGCUGUGGCUAACACAAAAAAUGCCAAGCUAAGACAAAACUAUAGAAUAAAGCGUAACUUAAAUCCACCAACAAGAAGUGUAUCAGCUAAGAAAAGAUCUAAAAUCAUAGCAAGAAUAUUGCAAAAGAGGCAGAAGAACAGUGCAUAUUAUAAGAAAAAUUUUCUAAAAUUAAGACAAAACAGAAGAGCUAGAUACAAUCUAGCCGAACCAAAAAUUGAUCUAAAGAACAGAUACAUAGCAAUAAUUAGACAAAAACUUGCUAAAAAUAUAGGAGUACAAAAGCAAUUGAAAGUUGCUUUUGAUAUUGACAAGUCUUUGCCGAUUGCUGUCAUGCAGUCGGGUAUUAAUUUAAUUGCAGGAUUAGUGAAUGGAGCACUUGGUACAGUGCAGGCCAUUUCAGAAACACGCAUAACAGUUAAUUUUGAUAGAAUAACUGAUCCUUGUGAGAUUGAAAAAGUGAAGAGAAAGUUUAUGGUAAUGAAAAAUGUCUUUGUGUAUAGAAGCCAGUUUCCUUUGAUAUUAGCUUUUGCUGUUACCAUACACAAAUGCCAGGGACUGUCACUAGAUAAUGCAAUCAUUGAUCUGUCUGAAAACGUAUUUAGUGCAGGAAUGGCUUAUGUUGCUCUAUCACGAGUACGAACACUGUCUGGUGUCCAUUUGACAUGUUUCAACCCCAAAUCAUUGAUGGUUUCCUCUUGUAGUAUAAAAGAAAUAAACAGGUUGAGACAAUUGUACAGGCCAGACCUCCCACAAUAUGCCAUUCCUACAGAUUGUGGCAGUAGAAAGCGUACACUUACUGGAACUAUUGAUGAGCCACAAGCAAAAAAUCAAAAAAAUAUGCCACCACCAAAGGUAGCUCGUGAUAAGAGAAGUAGGCCAUCAGACAGUAAGAACAACGAUAAAGCUAAUUGCCCCAAAAAACCACCUACUGUUAUCACUAAUAAUAACAAUAAUGAUGAUAGUGAUGAUUGUGUGAUGACGGGAAUGAGUACAAGAGCUAGUAAUUUAAAAUACCAUCCCCCCAAUGCUGCUACUCAAAAAGCAUGGUGUAAUGCCCUAAACUUGGGAUUUGUUAAAUCAUAUAGACCAAAGUUGGGUAGCCCAACCACAGAAUUAACUGUACCCAAAGGAUCUACUAAUGUACCUGGUGAUG